GGCGGCGGCGGGGGCGCCCCGGGCCCGCUCGGCGCCGCGCCAUGGCCCAGCAGCAGGUGAGCAGCUCGCAGAAGGCGCUGAUGCUGGAGCUGAAGUCGCUGCAGGAGGAGCCGGUGGAGGGCUUCCGCAUCACCCUGGUGGACGAGUCCGACCUCUACAACUGGGAGGUGGCGAUCUUCGGGCCCCCCAACACCCUCUACGAGGGCGGCUACUUCAAGGCUCACAUUAAAUUUCCUAUCGACUAUCCAUAUUCACCGCCUACCUUCAGAUUCCUGACCAAAAUGUGGCACCCCAACAUUUAUGAGAAUGGAGACGUAUGUAUUUCAAUUCUUCACCCACCUGUAGAUGACCCACAAAGUGGAGAACUGCCAUCCGAAAGGUGGAACCCCACCCAGAAUGUCAGGACUAUUCUACUGAGUGUAAUCUCCUUGCUUAAUGAGCCCAACACCUUCUCUCCAGCCAACGUGGAUGCAUCAGUCAUGUUCAGGAAAUGGAGGGACAGUAAAGGAAAAGACAAAGAGUAUGCUGAAAUCAUUAGGAAACAGGUUUUGGCUACCAAGGCUGAGGCAGAAAAGGAUGGCGUGAAGGUCCCCACUACACUGGCAGAGUACUGCAUCAAAACUAAAGUGCCUUCCAAUGACAACAGUUCAGAUUUGCUUUAUGACGACUUGUAUGAUGACGACAUUGAUGAUGAAGACGAGGAGGAGGAAGAUGCUGAGUGUUACGAUGAUGAUGAUUCUGGCAACGAAGAGUCGUGACCUGCUCCCUACAUGCCCCUGUACUGCCCUGCCAACUCAGGCCAAAAGGGAGCAGUGGUAACCUAGCAACAGUCCAGCAAAAAAUACACGGGGGAAAUCAACAACAAACUCUUGUCUCCUGCUGUACGGAUCUCUGUUUGCUCUUUUUUUAUGGACCUCUUAGAGAGAGAGAGAGAGACCCUCCACAGAAUGUCUGAAUUCUUGCAUUCUUAACCCUUUCAUCACUGCAUUAUGAUUUCUUUUUUAAGAAAGGAAAAACUCCCCCUCUUGCUUCUCUAUGAAACGUUCACAGUGAAACAGGUUUGGUCUGUGUUUAAAUACUUUAAUUAAACACAGUCUUGCAUCGAGAUGUUUAAUGUAUUUAAAGCUGGAACAAACCCAUUGAAGUUGGGUCCUUGGAGUUCACAAGUGCUGCAUUUACUGGGAAGAAAAAACAGAACCACACAAAAAAGCAAAUUGCCAAGGUUUAGCUGCUCCAUUUACAAUAAUAGUGUGUGCACAUUUGUGUAGCUUGGUGGUGGGUUUUUUCCUUUUUUCAAGGCUUGGGGCGGAGAGUGUAAGCUACUGUGUGGUGAGCUUGAUGGAAUGUGUUACUGAAAGGUACAGUAUUCCGUUUCAGCCUGCUCUAGUUAGGAAGUAGACAGCCCCUGGAGCCUUGGGCCCAGAGGGCAGAAUCAGCUGCCUUUUUACCAAGUGUAUGAUAUGACCCCUAAAAUAAACACUUAACACUUCACAUCUGUA